AGUACUGCGCUCAAAAGAGUAUGACCUCUUAGAGCUGAAUUACCGUUCAAAAAUGAAUGAAACACCUGAGGUAAUCUGCGACGACUGUCGUGAGCGUAUCCAGAACUCGUCGACUCACUCGAGUCGCCCCGACGAGUGGGACUGCUUCAUGGAUUUUCAGCAGAUAAAAAUAAAAAUGAGGGAACGUCAGAGCGAGGAGGACAAGUCCUCCAGGUCAUCAACGCCCAGUAGAAAAGACGCCGGGGUUGUUGCCAAUAUAGAUAAUGUCGAGGAGAAGAAAACAAAGGGUGUUAGACUUCCCAAAAUAAUGAACCGCAAUUUUACUAGCGACGUUAAGAGACUCGAGGACAUCAAAGUCAAGGAACGAGUCUAUGACGUCAUGACGAAUGACAGAAUAUUGACAAAAUUGCGCCCCAUGAGGCUCAACGAUUCUGAGUGGAUCCUCGCAUUUAUCGAGAAUUAUCUAGGGGUGGAUAAUCGACCCAUGGGAUAUUUCCCCGCUAGAAAACUUCGGCGUUAAUUAAUGAUUUUUUUUUUCGCUUUUCAUUGUGUCUUUGGUUUCAACGUUUUGUGAUAUUUAGG